GCUCUGAGUUGCAAACAUGGCGGUCGGUCAUGGCUGCCGUCUUUCCACCAACAUGCGAGAAAUCACUCUGAAACGACUGUCGAGUGCUGUGGCGAAGAAUAGAACUCUGCACGCAGAUGAAUUAAAUGAAAAAAAGCUCCUGUGUACGUAACCAGUAGAAUGACAAGCAUACUAGCGCGGAGAAAUAUGACAGCUAACGUCUGUCUAAGUUAAUACUCGAACUUAGUUCGAGGUCGAGCCGCCACUCCUUUUCGGUGAAAACGCAACAAGAUGCCCUCUUCCAAGGAGCUUGCGAAGCAGCUGAAGGAGGCGGAGAAAAAAAUCGAGAGCGUGCGCCGCAAGGAGAACGAGAAAAACCGGGCGCGGCGGUUAAAGGAGAAGGCGGACGACGCUACGCGACUGGAGAAGGCCGACGAGAGGGCGGCCGCGUUGCGUCAGAAGAUCGAAGCGGCCAAGGCUGAAGAGGCGGCGAAAGCACGCGCGCAGGUCGUGAAGACGCUUCGGAAGCAUAUCGGCGAGAAGCUGGGUGAGAAGGUCGCGGCCGGUCAGUUCCACGUGGUGAAGUUCCAGAUCGAUAAUCGCAGAGAUCUCCGAAGCGUAUUCGAGAUGGACCUCAAUGAUCCGGCCUUGGCGGGUGAAUACUACAAACGGGAGAAGAUCGUCAAGAAGGUUUACGGAUUCGAAAAAUUGGGAUUGGCGGCGAUUUUCGGAUCCUCCAAGGUGGAGUCAAACAAGUGGGGCAAGAAGACGAAGGUGACGGGGGCAGAAAUGAAAUGGGAACAAGAAUCCGGCUGGAUGACGCUGCGGGUCUUUGAAAUGUCGCAUGCGUAGGGAAGAAGAAGCUGCAUGCUUUUUCUUCGAAAAAUAUGGAAACCAUCUGAGUUCAUGGACGACUAAGGUGGCCCGCAGUACACUAAAGUCGACAGGUUCGAUGAAAGCGCCAUGCCCGGCGCGAUGCCGGGGAGGCCGCCCGAAUGAAAAACUCUUUGCACGCGGCCGCCCGAGAAAUGGUGAUGGUCCCACCAGGUGAGUUCUUGGUCAAAAGGGUUACCACAGGAAUUUUUUCGUAGGAAAAGUAAAAAGAAAAAGUCUUACGAGUUACUACUGAUGUCAACGUGUUACUAGAUCUGCAAAGGCGUGUUUUUUCGGAAAGUGAAGCGAGGUGGAGAACUUCGGGAGAGUUCCAUCGGCC